UUAUAGAUAAACUUAAUCAGAUAGCAACAGACGUGGCAACCCUUCAUUUGAAGUGGGCUUGAACAUUGAUGUAGAUCAUUUUCUCUAAUAAUUAAAAAUAAUUAUAAUAAUUUCAAAGAUUACAGAUCAUAAGGACACAUGUCAAUACCUGCGCAGUCUUACGACUCCACCAAAGAAACGAUAGUUGUAAGCAUCGACAUGGCAGUUGGCACUUCAGCUCCUAGUCAAAUCUAAUUAUCUCUCUCUCUCGUACCCCUCUGGUUGGAUUCCCAGUCUAAAACUGGAGUUUCUGUAUUCUUCUUGAAUUUGGACGUGAGAAAAUGGGGAAGAAAAGCUACCUGGCAAUGAGGACGGAGCAAGAAACAAGUGACGUGAUUGUUUCAGACAUCAAAGACUUGUCCAAGGCUGCUAAGAAGCUAGCCAAUCACGCCAUCAAGCUUGUUGGCUUGGGUUUCGGGACCUCUUUUCUUGAAUGGCUUGCUUCUUUUGCUGCAAUUUACUUGUUGAUCUUGGAUCGAACGAACUGGAGAACAAACAUCCUUACUGGCUUAUUAAUCCCUUACAUUUUCUUGAGUCUUCCUUCAAUUCUCUUCAGCUUGUUCAGGGGAGAGGUUGGAAAAUGGAUUGCUUUUGUUGCUGUUAUAUUACGCCUUUUCUUCCCAAGACGUUUCCCAGAUUGGCUGGAAAUGCCUGGUGCUCUGAUUCUUCUGAUAGUAGUUGCUCCCAGUUUGUUUGCGAGCACGUUAAGGAGUAGCUGGGUAGGCGUGUUGAUAUGCCUUGUAAUUGCUUGUUAUUUGCUCCAAGAACAUAUCCGAGCAUCUGGUGGUUUCAGAAACUCAUUUACGAAAGCUCAUGGAAUAUCCAACACCAUUGGUAUAAUCCUUCUGUUUGUUUAUCCUGCCUGGGCAUUGGUAAUUGAUUUCCUUUAAUGCCCAACUCUGAAGAUUGUACAUUAUGUUCACAUUAGAAGAUUUAUUUCAAAUUUUUAUAUGUAUCAUAGAUGUUGAGAUUUAAGAUUGUAUUCGCCUUGCUGUGUUAUUGAGACCUAAAAAGUUCUAAAUUCAGUUAUUCAUUGUCAUUCUGCACACAAAAGUGUUUGUUGGAACGUUGAAAGAUUGCUGCAUUACUUUUACCUGUAAUAUAAAAUGUUCAAAUGUCAUGGAUAUUUUAUUGGGGAGAUUGAUUAUUGUUUAUCUUGUUGCCGAUGUAUAGUUUUUUGACGUUCUUGUAUCCUGCUCCAUUGGAGCACUAGCAUUCACCAUAGUUCUCAUAUUGUUCAUGUUCUCCUUUUGUGUUCUUCACACUGGCAAAUCCUUUUGCAUUACUGUGGAGGAACUCCAAAAAUUUAUUGUAAAUGCAAAGAUUCAAUAAGUUUGUUGGAAGGCUUCCGAGGUGGGCAUUUUUUUUUUUUUGGGAUUAUAUAACUUUUAGUGCAGAAACCAAUUCAAUUCAACUAAACCAUUUGUCAUUAUUACUUAUAAUGAAGAAACUAGUUACAGUGAAAUUUGUCAUCCUAAUUUGUUGAAGAUUUGAUUCGGUAAACUGCAAACUGUUAGUAUUAUAUAUGAUAUUUAAAUUUAAAUAAUUGUUUGAAUUUUUUAAAUAAUAUCUAUUUAAGAUUUAAGAUUUUAAGGAUAAGAUUUAGAUUAUUUAUGAUUAUAUUUAGAUUUUUCUAUAUUUAGUGCUAUCAAUAGCUUAUCAAUAAAUCACAUCUCUUGUUUUCCUUUUCUCUCGAAAACCGGUAUCGCAACUUAUUUCUCAAAGGCCUUCCAAGAAAUAAGGCCUUCAAAUUUCCUGUGAAUAUGAAAGAAAUAAAAAAUGAGGAAAACAGAAGAAGAUGGAGAUAA